AUGCUGCCCUCAUUGCAGCCGUCGCGGCCAAAGUACCCGCCGCCCACGCGCCCUCUGCCGGUGCAGCAGCAGCAGCAGACGCGCCAGCAGUAUGACAGCGCAGUGCGACACCCCGUCUUCUUCACGGCAACGUCGUAUACGAAACCCCCGUUUGCAGUGCCGGGCGGGACGCAUGUCAGCCCGGUAGCGCAGGGCUAUGUGUUUGCGGAGGAAAGAGCGGCGGCGACGAAGCUGUAG